AUGGGCCAAUGCUACGCCACGUCCUCGGCCGCGAUUCAUCACCUCCUCUGCUGCGCUGCCCCGCGCCGCCACGACGACGCCACCGACGUCGCCGGCUCCAGUAACGUGCUCACGAACCGCGACCUCUGGCGCAGCAUCACCGCCUUCCAGCCGGGCAGCCGCUUCCUCAUCAAGCGCCUUGAACGGCAGUGGCGGGGCCAGCGCGAGCCGUCAGCCCGCGCACGGCUCAUCUUGGAUGCGAUCGCCGACCCGGUCUCGCGCAUGCUCUUUCUGCGCGAGCUCUACACCUCGUCGACUCGGUACUUUUCGCGGACGUUUAUGAACCUUACCGCGAGCUACGGGUACCUCGAUGUGCUCGUCUUCCUCCACGAGCACCGCAAGAACGGAUGCACGACGGACGCCAUGGAUUUGGCGGCUGCGAACGGGCAUGUCGCGAUCGUUGCCUUCUUGCACCACCACCGCGACGAAGGCUGCACGACGCGCGCCAUGGACGUUGCCGCCGCCAACGGCCACCUCGACGUCGUCCGGUUCCUGCAUCUCUUUCGACACGAAGGUUGUACGACGCAGGCCAUGGACUUGGCGGCGGCGAAUGGCCACUUGGAGGUCGUCACGUUUCUGCACGCUCAUCGAACCGAGGGACCGACGAUGCACAAUGCAUCGUGGCACACGAUCGAGCGCAUGCGCAGCUGGCGCUACUGCCAGUGGACGGCCAUGUACGGCUACUGGAAGGUGCAAGGCCGGCGCUCGAGCCUCCACCGACGGACGUGCAGCAGCAGCCUCAUGACGCUCGACGGCGAUCUCGACGAAGCCGACGACGACCCGCUCACAUCGGUGCGCGCGUGCUCGCUCGAGAUGCACCUGGUCGACCACAGCCAGGUCGGCGGGCGCACCUCGUUCGCAAUGGACUGGGCCAUCGCGAAUGGCCAUGCCGACGUCGUUGCGUUUCUUGCCGACGCGCGCCAGCUGCGCUGCACGCGCGACAUGCACCGCUUGGCCCUCGCGCGCGGCCACACCGCGGUCGCCACGUGCAUAGCCCCGCUGCUCGUCUCGUAA